UGCGAAGCAUGUCCUGCAGGCACUUACAAAGAUGCCGUAGGCUCAGGACCUUGUCUCAACUGUACGUUCGCGUCGGUAUCAGACAGCGGGAGUGCUCGAUGUCAAUGCAUUGAAGGAUACACCAGCACAGAGUCAAAAACUUGCCAAAUGUGUGAGAGUGGAAAGUACAAGAGCCAAGUCAGUAACCGCAAGUGCAGUGAUUGUCCUAGUCAUUCCACGUCUCCUGUUGGAAGCUCUCUCAAGUCAAAUUGUUCUUGUCUCGCCGGAUACGCAUACGUGGAUGGCAAGGACUGUAAAGCUUGUUCUCCAGGCACGUACAAGGCCGAUCAAGGCAACGGGCAGUGCUUGCCUUGUCCUCAAAACCAGAGCUCUAAUUCCGCUUCGACUUCCUGCACCUGCAAGAAAGGAUACACUAAGGUGAACAACGAGUCUCUCUGCUUGCCCUGUGAUGUUGGUAAGUACAAAGCAACCUUGGGUACAGACUCUUGCACUGAGUGCCCGGUGAAUUCAACUACGGCUGCUGAAGGCAGCUCUGAAGUGAAUCAUUGCACAUGCCCCGCUGGCUACUUCAUUUCAAAUUAUUCAAAUGUAACAAAUUCAUUCAAUUGUACAUCAUGUCCAUCUGGAACUUACAAUGAUAUGAGCGGACAGACGCACUGUCAGGCUUGCUUUGAGCAUGCUACCUCCUACCUGGGUAGUGUGAACAUCAGCUUCUGUCAGUGCGGCAGGGGGUUUGACUAUUCCAAUUUCACGUGCUCGCCGUGUGCGGUUGGGAAGUACAAAGAUAAAGUUGGUAACGUGCAAUGCAGCUCAUGUCCAGAGAACAAGACUUCUCUGAAAGCCAGCACCAACAUAUCAGAGUGUAUCUGCAAAGCAGGAUAUUCGCCAGAGGCCUUGGGAUCCUGCAUAGCAUGUCCGGAGGGAAAAUACAAGAGUGAUCCGGGCCCUUCUGCAUGUGAGCCUUGC